CGGAUUGGAGGACAUGUAAAGACACUUACAUUCUGCCAAGGUUCACAUUACUUGGCCAUAGCUUCAGAUAAUGGUGCCAUCCAGCUUCUUAGUAUUGAAGCUUCAAAGCUCCCUAGAUCUCCUAAAAUGCAUCCAAUACAAAGCAGGUCCCUGGAUCUGAGGGAUGAUGGCUGUGUGGUGGAUAUGCACCACUUCAACUCAGGGGCGCAGUCGGUGCUGGCGUACGGCACCGUUAACGGCUCCCUGGUGGGGUGGGACUUGCGGUCUAGCAGCAACGCUUGGACCCUGAAGCAUGAUCUGAAGUUAGGCCUCAUAACUUCCUUUGCCGUGGACAUACACCAAUGCUGGCUGUGUAUUGGAACAAGCAAUGGCACCAUGGCGUGCUGGGACAUGAGGUUCCAGUUACCUAUCUCCAGCCACUCUCAUCCUUCCAAGGCCCGAAUCAGGCGCCUGCUCAUGCAUCCUGUCUAUCAGUCCUGGGUAAUUGCAGCUGUUCAAGGCAAUAACGAAGUCUCCAUGUGGGAUAUGGAAACGGGCGACCGACGCUUCACUCUGUGGGCCAGCAGCGCUCCUCCCCUCUCCGAACUGCAGCCUUCUCCUAACAGCAUCCAUGGAAUAUACUGUAGUCCAGCAUCUGGCAAUCCCAUAUUACUGACAGCAGGCUCAGACAUGAAAAUAAGGUUUUGGGACCUGGCCUACCCCGAGAGGUCGUACAUUGUUGCCGGAAGCUCUCAUUGCCCCUCCGUUUCCUACUACCGGAAGAUAAUCGAGGGCACGGAGGUGGUCCAGGAAAUUCAAAACAAGCAAAAACUGGGUCCCAGUGAUGAGGCCCCUCGGAAGGGCCCCGAGUCCCUCCCCGUUGGACACCAUGAUAUCAUCACGGACAUCGCAACGUUCCAGACCACGCAGGGCUUUAUAGUAACUGCGUCACGGGACGGGAUCGUGAAAGUGUGGAAGUAAAGGGGGCACCAGUACAGAGUAUGUAAAUAUUUGUAAUAAAGGAAUAGUGUUAUAAUGAA